UUAGUUUGUUAUAAGCCACAGUAUUCACCAGGAAAAUCGAAGCGCACACUCUUCACAGCAACAAUGGCGCUAGUUCUGAGAGCAACAACCAACAUGAUGCUCAGGCAUUUCACUCAGCCAUCCAUGUCCUUUUUACCGUCAAGCCCCACCGCUCUGCUCCGCUCCACCGCCGGAAUCAGCAUCCGGUGCGCCGCGUCCAGCUCCGGCGUCGGCGGGAACAAGGUCUCCGCUCGGCUCUCUCAGGUCAACCAGCUCUUGCGAGAAGCCGAGGAGCGUGCUUCCUCCAACGAUGGCCUCCCCGCACCUAAAAUCACGUUAGAUCAUGUAACUGUGAGUUUUGCAAGAAGUGGAGGACCUGGAGGACAGAAUGUGAACAAAUUGAACACCAAAGUGGACAUGCGGUUCAAUGUUAAAAAUGCGUAUUGGCUGAGUGACAGGAUCAAGGAGAGGAUUUUGCAAAUGGAGAAGAAUCGAAUCAACAAGGAUGGAGAGCUUGUGAUUUCUUCAACCAGGACUCGUACACAGAAGGGUAACAUUGAAGAUGCUCUGGAGAAACUUCAGGCAAUUAUUGAUGCUGCUUCAUAUGUUCCACCUCCUCCCUCAGAAGAGCAAAAGAAGAAGAUCGCUAAAAUGGCUGCUAUUGGAGAACAGAAACGCCUCAAAAGCAAGAAGGUACUUUCAGACAAGAAGGCAUUUAGAAGAACUCGUGACAGUUGGGACUGACUGUUCCAUGCUGUGUGGUCCUCUUAAUAACUGGAGUUUGUAUAUAGGCUAAACCCAUUUUAAUUCCAAGAUUAUACGGAGAAACAAUUCAAGUGAUGGAGAUACAAAUCAAGAGUUAGGAAUACUUCCAUGAGUAAUGUUGAAAAUACCAGUUGUUCAACGGAAAAGUUUCUUUUGAUGUAAGAUGACUAUUGCUAUAAGGUUCUUAAGCAGCGAACAGGAUGAUAGUUAUUGGUUGUACUUGCUCUGAUCUACCUCUUUUGUUACAUUGAUGGAGAAUCAAUGUUAUAGGCUUU